CUGUCACAUAUUACUUCACAGUUCUUCACACCCUCCGUCCUUAAAAGCCUCUGUUUUAGUUUGCUUUGUAUAUAGUAACCAAAAUUUUAGCCGGCGGUAUAAUUCAAUGCGGCUCCCGAAGCUCCGGUCGUGGCAGCGGUGUUCGAGGCACAUCCGGGAGCAGCGAACACGGCUGUAUAUCAUAUGGAAGUGCACCGUGAUUCUUCUGAGCUGGGACGGGCGACAUUGAUCGUUGAUUGUUACCGGGAAAAAUAUUUUGGAAGUUCAGGUAGCUUUUGAGGCUAGGUUCUGCGCGCAACAGCUAGCUGUAUGACUAACCCCAUCUCACGUUCAAAUGACCUCCUCGAACUCAGAUUUGGCAUUUGAUGCCAAAAGCGACUUCAAAUUGUGCAUGCAGGCUAGGAGGUUAAUUUAUGGCUGGAAUAUUUAUGACUAGAUAUUCGUGUAAGAAACGUGUGCAGAAGGUUCAAUUACUGUGUUUUAGCAAAUGCAUAAUAUAUAGUUGAUUUUCCGCUUGCUUUAA